GGCCAUUGAUGCUGGGGCAGCUUGCCCAGGCCGCCGUGCUGGGGGUGGCCAACCUGGGCAGCGCGUGGCUGGGGAAGUGCCAGCCGCCGCCGUGCCCGGCCUCGCCGGCCUGCCCGCCGGCGGCCGCCUGCACGUGUCCGCCAGCGCCGGCGGUCUCGUGCCCGCAGGUGAGCGUCACCUGCCCGGCGGUGCCGGCCGCAGAGGCCCGCGCCUGCCCCGAGGCGCCGGCGGCACCGGCGUGCCCGCCGCCGCCCGCGUGCCCGCCGAGCACGUGCCAGGCGGACGCCGCCGAGGCGCUGGGCCGGCAGGACUGCUGGCCGGAGACGCGCGUGGCGCUGAGUUUCGCGUGCGGGCUCGGCGGCGUGGCGGUGCUGGCGCGGGGCAAUCCACGGGGCACCUUGCACCUGGCCGGCCGCAGCUGCCUAGUGAACUACGGGGCCGCGGAGUGGCACUGGAGAAUAGUGCUCGCCGGACUGGUGUCCUCGGACUCCCGGGCCCUCAUCCUGACGCCGGAUGGUGAUAUGUACAUCGAGGACUUCAACGACGCCGUCGCCGUGCGAUGGUUGGGGCCGAACAACGAGGUGCCGGAGGGGGUACCUCGGAACCUGAUCUAUCACUUCGGCCAGUUCCCGUCGGCGGGGACGCUGCGCAUGCUGAUGCAGGAGGGCGCCUACACCGCUGGGCUGGAGGACCAGCGUCGCGGGUACGGCAUCGCCGUGUGGGGAGCUGGAGGCGCCGCUGGCGCCGCGGGCGGCGCUGCCGCCGGGCCGGCCGCGGCCCAGGCGGGCGGGGCUGGCCGCGUGGCGGCGGGAGCGCCCGUCUACGCGCCGGCCCAGCCUCCCGCGCCGGGGGCCCCCGGCGAGGGCGAGGGCCACGUGGGCGUCGGCCGCGACUUCCGGCCGCCGGCGCGGCCGACGGUGCAGCCGGUGACGGUCCACGCGGUGCGCUGGGUGGCGGCCGAGAGUGCGGUGUUCCCUGGAGGCAGCGUGGGCCGGGGAGACGACGUGGCGUUCAACGGGUCGGAGAUGGUGUCGGGCCGAAAGGGAGUGAUCGUGCUGAUGGGGGUAUCCGUGCUGAUGGAGGACAUCGGCGACGGCGACGUGGAGGCGUGCCGGUCGAAGGAGGCCGGUGACCGCCAUCGCCCCUGGCGCGACGUCGCUCGCGAUGUGAGCGCGGUCAAGCAGACGGACUGGCCCGUGCCGGGCCCACAGACGGCAGAAUGGUGCACAAGGUUCCUCGACCGUCGGAGUGAGGGGCCCGUGGGCUGGGAUCGGCGCUGGCGAGCCGACAACAGGCUGUCCAUGGACCAGUGGGGCGUGUCCGAGCAUGAGACGCUGGCGAAGAUCCUCGAGCGCCUGGGGACCCACGACCAGUGCGACGUGGUGAACCUAGCGGCGGCGGAGGGCAUCGUACGGCGGAUGCAGCUCAUCGAGUAUUUCUACUACGAGGUCUACCGGCAGUCGGACGCCAGCAAGCAGCAGGACAAUAAGGGCGGCAAGGGCGCGCGCCUUGAGGAGAUGGCUGUCUUCUCGGGAAAGCAUCGUGAGUACGGAGAGGUGAUGGUGGCGCCGGAGCUGCUGUCCUACGUCGCCUCCGAGCUAGAGCGGGAGCGCAGCUUGGGGGUGAUCCAGGCUGCGGUAGCUGGGCUCGGACGGCCGCCCGCCGACCUGACUCGCCAGGGAGCCCUCGCGGAGCUCCUGGCUAAGCGCAGCUACACCGGCGAGAAGGUGUUGAUUGUCGACGCUCGUUUGUCUAACUUGUGCUUCGCUUCUCCUGAUCCGGUCGACCUUGCCGCCGGCGGAUCGUUCGCGUCCCUCGAGGUUGACCCGGGGCCCCCAGUGUGCCUUGCUCAGGUCGACAUCCAGCCCGGCGUGUCCCUCUCAAACAAGCUCUCGGAUAAGAAGCCCGGGGUGCGUCUGGGCCGCUCGGGGUUUGCUCACACUGAAUACGUAGACAACUUCGCGGCCAUCGGGCGUCAGGCCAGCGAGGUCGACGCUGUGGCCGACUCCGUUUUAGACGCCCUGACCACCGCUGGGCUCAGCAUGCAUCCUCGUGAGAGCUCAGUUGGCGGAUCCGUCUUGGGAUGGGAAUUUAGUGACGAGUGCCCUCAGGUGCGGUGUACAGACGCCUCCCCCUGGGGUCGUGGUGUUUGCUUGGCUGAGCGUGACACUCAGUCCAUCGCAGAGGCUGGCCGGUGGUCGGACCGGUGGCGCUUCUCGCGAGGGGCCGAGGAUCGCGUUCGGCCGAGAGACGCCUCGCUCCGGGAGGAGCUGAACUUAGCCGCGGCGGCCGGUCUGGACGACCUGGAUCGUGUCGGGGCGGCUCGGCACCUGGAAGCCCUCGGCGAGGUGGAUCGGAGCGGGGCUGUCCCGGAGAUCGGGCCCGAAAUCUUUCGGGGAUCCUGGGCCACCGUUUCGGCCGGCCGCUGGAAGCGACGGGAGGCGAUGCCCAUCUUGGAAGGGCGCGCUCUGGUCUGGGGGGUCCGGCAUGCGAGCCGGGGUUUAAGCGAGUUUGGCAAGCGGAUCCUUUUUCUGACCGACGGGUUGUCCGAGGUCCUGGCCUUUGAGAAGGGUGCUCCGACCCUGCCGUCCUCGUGGGAUGCGGUUCUGGCGACCGACAGCUUGGCGAGGCCGGGCGGGGCUGCGAAGCGGCGGCCCGUGCAGGGCGAGCCGCCGACCCUGUCGCGAGCGGCGGCGCUGUCACAGGCUGGCCCGCGGCCGCGGCCGCCCCAUGGGCGGGCCCGGGCAAAGGCAUCGGCGAGACAAGCCAAGCCUCGGCCCGAGGUGCUGGCCACGAGGGGGGGGCGCGCCGCUGCCCGGCAAGCGAAGUUCCCCGAGGACAAGCGCGUGACAGACAGCGAGGGCCUCUCGCUGCUCGAGAGGGGGAGCGUGGGCGACCACAACCAGCGGGUCUACCAGUCGGCGCUCGUGGAGUUCAGGGUUUUCUCCAAGACCCUGGGCCUGCGCCUCAAGACCGCUCAGGUCUACGACGAGGCAGCUGUGGAGUGGGCCCACCGCGCGUUCUUCGACGGCGGCGACGCGCGGGAGGGGACGAGGCUCAAGGCGGUGCUGCUGUACCACUACCCGCGGCUCCUGUCCGUCGCUGGACUGCCCCGGUUCAGCCGAGCGCUGAAGGGGUGGAGGCGGCUGGUGCCGCCGCGGAGCCGGCUGCCGCUGCCGUGGGAGGUCGCCUGCGCGGUGGCAAACAAGCUCGUGGCGAACCAGGACCUGCACGCCGCCCGCCUCGUCAUCGUGAUGUUCGUGUUCUACCUGCGGCCCGUGGAGCUGAUGUCGCUGACCGGGCGGCAGGUGGUGCCGCCGGUGCGGGCGGCCGGUCACGACGCGUGGUCGCUCGUGCUGUUUCCGAUGGAGGAGGAGACGCCCAGCAAGACCGGCGCCUUCAACGAGAGCGUGCUGGGCGACCUGCCGUUCUACCGCUUCAUCGGGGACGUGCUGAAGCUGCUCAAGGCCGGCGUCAACGACAGGGGCCUCGUGGCCCAGGUGCGGCACGUGCAGCUGGCGCAGGCGUUCCGCACGGCGGGCCAGCAGCUGGGCCUCGAGGGCCCACCGGGCCUGUACCAGCUGCGGCGCGGCGGAGCGUCCGCCGACCUGGCCAGCGGCCGCCGCAGCAUCGCGGAGGUGAAGGCCCGCGGCCGCUGGGCAAGCGACAGCUCGGUGACGAGGUACGGCAAGGGAGGCCGCGUCGCCGACCAGCUGGCCAAGUUGCCACAGCCGUUCCUCGACCACGCCAUCGCCUGCGCCAAGAGGAUUGGCGACAUCCUCUGCGUGUUCAGCGGCUCCGGCAACUUCAGCCGGGCCUGGCGACGGCGGCAGCGCGUUUUGGGCUAUGCCAUUUUCGAGUGGGACAUCCGCUGGGGAAAUGAGUAUGACCUCACUCGCCAGCGGGUGCAGCGCCUGGUGCGAGGUUGGGUCAACAACGGGUUGAUUGCUGCCGUCUGGCUGGGCACCCCUUGUCACAGCUGGAGCCGAGCGCGGGACAUUCGACCAGGGCCCCCGCCCUUGCGGAGUGACCUGCACGUGAUGGGGUUGCCCGACCUAGCGCCCCGAGACGCUGAGAAAGUUAGGAUCGGCAACGCCCUCAUGAAGUUUUCAGCCUCGCUUUUUACUUUGUGCCAAGCCGUGCGCGUGCCG